AUGGGAUCGCAGCUGGAAGGGGCCAUGGAGACCCUGAUCAAUGUCUUCCACCACUACUCGGGCAAGGAGGGGGACAAGUACAAGCUGAGCAAGAAGGAGCUCAAGGAGCUUCUGCAGAGCGAGCUGGGAUGUUUCCUGGAGACCCAGAAGGACGCGGGGGCCGUGGAGAAGAUCAUGCAGGACCUGGAUGAGAACGGCGACGGGGAGGUGGAUUUCCAGGAAUUCGUGGUCCUGGUGGCCGCCCUGACCGUGGCCUGCAACACUUUCUUCUGGGAGAACGCCUGA